UUUUUUUUUUCCUAGUCGAAAAACCUGCAAUAAAUCAGGAUAAUAAAUAUAUAUCAUUAUAAAACGCUGACGAAGACGUAUGUAACGAUAACCUAACCUAUAUCGAUAAAUGUAAUACAUAUUGCUUACGUCAAUUUAUCUGCGUGUGUGAUAUUGUGAUUUGAUUAUUGUUCGCUCCUGAUGAUCGCUUCGGGCACGUUGAUUUUCACACGGAAACGUAAUAAUUAUUACGAUUACACGAGAAUUCUUCAAAUGAAGAGAACUGAUCGGAGACUUGUCAUCGAUUGUACGCGGCCAUGUGUUGACAGGGUGUCCUAACCUAAAAAUUAUUCAACGUAUUCUUUUCGAGGAAGAACUAAGAAAGGAAGGAAUAAGCAGUAAAUUAUUGCCUGGAUCAAAGAAGAAAAAUAGGAUACAAUUAAAAUAACUUAAUUUCAUCAAAAAAUAGAAAGAAUAAUAUAUAAUAAAAUCUGGAUCAAUAUAAUCCAUGUGUCACAUAACAAGAAAAAAAUUCACACAUUCUUUUAACCUGAAAAUUGACGAGCAACCAUCCAGGAACACGAUGACGAGUAGCGAGUCCGCAGUAAUCACCGUGGGGUUCCACGUGAUAGUGAAGAAGCACAACUUCAGUAAGGUAUAUAAGGUGUCUGAGAAUGGCACUCUGAUGUUAGGGAAGAACCAGAAGGUGGAGAUGCACGAGGUUGUCGGCAAGCCGUUCUGGAGCACGUUCGAGAUGGUGCCGAAGCGCGGUAGCAGGAACACGUACACCCUGAAGCUGGUGGAACGAGCAGAGUCGCGGAACGAUCUGAGCGGAUUAAAGGGCGAGCUCUGCGGACAGGACAAUCGCCUGAUCGUGGACUACGGCACGUCACAGGGGCUGUCGAAGGAAGAGAUCCUGGGGUUACAGGAGGCCGGAAAGACCGGCAAGGAGAUCAUCGGCAGUCUCAUCGAGAACAGCGCGUCCUUCGCCGCCAAGACCGAAUACUCCCAGGAGAAGUACAUCAAGAAGAAGGAGCUCAAGUAUAUGAGGUUCCUCACGGUAUGCAGACCGACUAUUGUAUCCCUACACGAGAUGUAUUUCAGGCAGUACCCUGAAAAGAUCAGUGGUCUGAGGAUGGAGGCUCUGGCGCAGAUACUUUGCUACAGCGACGUGCAGGCUGACGGUCUUCAUCUACUCUACGAUAGUGGUUGUCAGGGAUUACCAGCUGCGGCUAUGUUGAAUAGGAUAGGAGAGAACACAGAUGGUUAUCUGAUCAACCUGCAUCCCGGCAACGUGCCGCAAAUCGCGAUUCUUCAGGCCAUGAACUUCCCGCAGGAGUUGAGAGACAGGCACAUUGCGGUGAACAUUUAUAGUUUCCUCAGGUUAUACUAUCAGGGCGAGUCGAGUGUGCUGGACAAUAUUUCCUUGAAGAAAGUUGCUGAUCGAGUCAUUGAAGGAGAUGUUGAAGAACCUAUAGAGAAAUUGAAUGGAGAAGCCAAGAGUAACGAGGUGUCUAGAAUGGAUACUGAAAUUUCAGAGCUUGAAACUGACCCGGGAGAGAAUGGCACGCUGUCUCUUUGUGAUACUAAAAAGGAUGCUGGUGCUUUGAAACGGAAACUGGAUGAAUCUGAGGAAUCUACAGAAGCAGUUCCUGUAAAGAAGCCAAAGUGGUUCUUGGAGACUCAACGUGCCUUGGAUUUGUUAAAGAACACAAAAGCUCGUGGUUUGACCAUCAUAGCGAAGGAACAUCCUUUAAAUAUUGUGAAUGCACUGUUACCUUUCCUAGGAGCCUCGCGACCUUUCGUCAUCUAUCACGCAUAUCGGGAGCCCUUGCAAGAGACUUUCAUGGAACUUAAACAGAAACGCAAUGCAAUAAAUAUGAGAUUAUUUACGAACUUUUUACGUUCGUAUCAAGUAUUACCCAACAGAACGCAUCCUGAUAUACUUAUGAACGACACUGGUGGCUACAUCUUAACAGGAUACUUAGUUCAAGAAUAGAUAAAUAUAUGUAAAUAAAUUUUGAUACAGAAAAUUGUACAAUAUAUGUUUACAUCUACUUGAUGAAAAUGCCAAAAGAUAAAGUAUAUAAUAUCAAUGAUAAAACAUUAUAAUUUAUAAUUUUGUACAAUACUACAUUUAUUAUUGUAUUUUUUUAUGCAUUUCAUAAUCAAAGGUACAAUAAUGCUUUUUCUUAAAUAAUAAGGAUUUUUUAAAUA